AUGACAAAGAGCAACAAGCAAAAAGUCAAAUCGAACAAACCACCACCCCAAGGCCUACGCCUAAGCCACGAAGUGCUACCGGACAAUCCCCUCAAUAUUCCUCUUCCAAACGAUACAACUGAGGACUUAAGUGAGACUGACCUUCCUCCGCUACCGAAUAGUCCCACCGCCGAAACCGUCCCCCCGCUGGGUGGCCGUAAGGGCAACUCGCCUGAGGACACCGUCGGUGCCGUCGGCGACACUGCCCAGAGCGCCCUUCCGAGCACCAGUGGUUUGGCAGUUCCCGGUGUCACCGAUAUUGGAAAGAAGACUGGAGAGGAUGACAAGGGUAGCCUCCAGAUCAAAAUUCACCUCAACCUACACGCAAAGGUCAAGCUUGAGUUGGACGCCCAGAUCUACGGGGAUAUUGUCAUUGGACUGCUGUAA